AUGGACAACAUCUUCGCUAUAGGCUUUGGUCUUUCUCUCCGUUUCCUCAUCACACUCAUUUCGCGAGACUCCCCCUCGUCCUUGAAAGUAACAGGAACUCUGGUCGGCCUCUGGGAAGGCAUUGUUUUAUUGCAUUUUACGCAGAAAUGGCCUCGAUCGUACGACCCGUAUGUUGCUUAUGGCGUGAGGAUGUUCGUGGAUCUUUUGGUUACUGAGAGUGUACCGAGGAUGGUUUUGGUCGCGAUAUGGACCGGGUUAGGG